AUGGCCAUGGUAUCUUCUAAAGCAAUUCAGGACUUAGUCACUAUUCUACGCCACGACUUUACUGUCGAAUUGAACGCUUCAUUAGCUUCGUUGCCACCUCAGUCUUCCACUUUUCUGAAGAUACAUGCUGAGAUCUGCAUCGAUCAACCUGCGCCACAGGAUCAGCUUGGAGGACACAAGUCUCAACCAAUUUAUUUAGGUUCAAUUUCACUAGAUCAAACCGAGUCACAUGAACAUGUAAAUCAACAAUGCACAAUACCUGUGACUACAGGUCCUUCUCUGUUGCGUGAUGAUACGAUGAUGAAGGGGGUUGAAUCGGCUCAUAAAGUGCCUGAACUGCCCAGCAUUCACCAAUCCUCCUCCCUUGAGAAGAGGCGAAAGACUAUCGGAGGACUAACGAUCAGAAGAGGCGGUUGUGAUGAGAUGCCAGAUGACUCUAGUACAUCUUCUCAGGCAGGAAAUUCAACUGUUAGACAGUUACAGACAGAAUCCCGAGUGUUCCCUCAAAGAAAGAAGAGGAAUGACCAUGGCGUUCAUCAAUUGCAGCCAUCCUCAGUUGAAAAGUUUGUUGCUGGAGUAUGGAAACAAAUAUACAGUAACGUCGAGCUUGCACCCAUUUUGCUGGAUAGUGACUGUGUGCCAAUGAUCGCACGCGGCGGACCUAAUAUCGAGACGUUUCGAGCCAUCAACUCACUCUGUCUAAAAAUCACGACAGUAGCACGCCGGUGUCGCUCCUUAGAGACAAUCAUUCAAGCUCACUGGGUCGACUGCUUUGAUUAUCGAGUCAAAGAAAUCGGAAUCCAGAACCCAUUUCUAUCCAACACAGAUACCAAAAUGCUUGCUCUCCGAGAGGCUUGUACAAUCCUUAAAUGGUCAGAAAAGGAGCUGAGGAACAGACUAGCAAUCUGGCGAGGAUACAAAGAAAUUAAGGAUGCAGGUGGCUGGGCCUGCUUAGCCUUUGCCGGCUCUGGAGUUUACAGACUCUGCAAAUAUCGCGUGGGCUUCGAAAAGAAUCUCACAGCAAGACUUGAACGACUCCAAUCUAGUCUAGAAGUAGCAGCCGAUACAAUCCACCCAGAAUGGCGGAAACUCCUAAAAUUCAUAGGCAUAGAAUGUCAACCGGCAUAUACUGGGCAUCCACAUGACUGGGUCGUCUGCGACACAGCGAAACCUGUUACGCUCAAAUCCACAUACAUGCAGUGGGACCUGGAUUUUGAAUUUUCGCACCUUGAGGAGUCCGUGAUAGAUCAAGCUGCUUGGGGUAUUGAAGAUCCGCGAAUGGUGGAAAAUUCUAGUAUUGUAUCUUGUCGUGAUUGCGGACGCUUGCAAUCGAAUAACUCUUCUGUCAAUGAAUGCCGUUGUUUUCCAGAGUUAUACGGGUGCUGCAAAGCACCUCCUCCUGUACAGGUUUUUCGUACUCCACGGGGAAUGAACAACGGGAUCAUCGCACGUUGCGAAUUUGGUCGCGGUUCAGCAAUUGGCGAAUUCGUAGGACUGGUUACUAAGGGAGUGGAAGGUAAAGAUGUAAUGCAAAGCAAAAGCACUGAAAAUCAGUAUCAAAUUUACCAAGGACGAAUGGGUAACUACACGCGCUUUGUAAACCAUUCCUGCGCACCGAACAGCCAAUUCCAGAAGUUUUACUGGCUGGGAAUUGAACGUAUUGUUUUGGUCUCUAAAAGGAUUGAGGCUGGAGAAGAAAUCACGGUAGACUACUCACAUGAGUAUUGGAAGGAUCUCGAUAAAGAUUGUUUGUGUGGAGAGUUAUGUUGCCGGUACGCAAGAAGGAGGGCACGUCCGUCUGCCACUUGA